AUGGAUUUCUUACUUCAUUUGAAUGCCUAUCACGCACUCAAGAAUCAAUCUCAAAAUUCCGAAACGGAAAGUGUUUUAACGAAACGACAACUUCAACGCACCGAAAAACAAGCAAGAAAUGACCAUCUGGAACUUGUCAAACAAAAACAGUCGCUACAAAGCUAUCAAGAGGAAUUGCAAACUAGGUACAGAGUCUUGCAACAAAAAUUGCAAACACAACAACGCGAGCAGGAGCAAAUGAAAACAGAAUUAACCAACAAAAUUGAGAAUCUUAUUAAGGAUGGCAAAACUAUGGAACAAAAUUUUGCAUUGCUCAUAAAACAAAAAGAUGGAGAUAUUGAGAAUUUAAGAUCUAGAAUGGACAUUGAAACCAAACAACAUUCAAUUGUAAAGAAAGACUUGGAGCAAUCGAUUGAAGAGCUAAAGAGACAGAUUUCUGAGAAGGAAAAGAAAAUUGAGUCACUUAUUUCUGAGAUACACUCCCUACAAGAAAAGCUUCAAGAAACCAUCACAACAAGCAAACAUGAAAUUGAGACAUUGGAACAUCAAACUGCCGCACUUCACGCAGAACUGGGAGAAAUGAAAUUAUCCUUUGUCACUGAAAAAGAAAAUUUGAUGAAGCAAAUUUCUGACACGGAACACCAAUUAAGUCUAGCACAACAAGAACAUGCCUCUCUUCAGUCAACAUAUAACUCUACUCUCCAAGAUUUACACAAUGUCACUCAACAGUUAGAAGGAAAGAAUGAAGAAAUUUCUAGCAUUAAUUCCCAACUCUCCAUGUCACAGUCUGAAGCAUCUAGAUUGAGAAACGAAUCCACACAAACCAAGAGUAAAUUAGAAACAACGGAACAAACAGUAGCUUCACUCACAAAACAAUUACGAGAAAGUCAAGAACAACUUAACUCCAUUCAAAAGACUCUCACAAAUAAGGAAUCUGAGCUUCAACGAUCAGAAAACUCGCUAUCAGAACUCAGAGAGACACUGCUCCAAAAAGAAAGCCAAAUACAGAAGGAAGAAAGUGAAUUCCGUGCUCUGGAAAACUCUCUAAGACAAGAAGUAUCAUCUCUCAGUACAGACGUCUCCAACUUAAAGUCACAGCUCGAAAGUCUCGAAAAAUCGAAGCAAACUCUCCAAGAGGCUAAAGAACAGGAAAUUUCUCUUCUUCAAUCCAACAUUUCUCAAAAACAAAAGAAUAUUGAAGAAUUGGAGAGAGAGAAGGAACAAAUCCUACUCGAUAUGAAACAAACAACAGAGGCAUUGAAUAGUCGUAUCUCAGAACAGGAACACAAUCUUAAAUUACAAAAGGAGCAGAGCGACUUUAUGAAAGAAAAUCUAGAGCACACUAUAUCAGAAUUGCAAAAUACCAUACUGAAAAGAGAACAAGAGAUUCAAAAGGCUAGUGAGGAUCAUCACCAAAAAGUAGAGGAACUUCAACUCUCCAUUAACUCCUUAACUCAAGGUUUGUCACAGAAAGAGAUGGAAAUGUCACGUCAACGUGUUUCCUUCGAGUCACAAACGGAUACACUGUAUUCCCAAAUUGAAGAGUUAAAGAAGAAUCUUUCCAAGAAGGAAAUGGAGCUGUCUCGAAAAGAGCAAGAAAAAUCUCAAGAAAUUGCAGAGCUCAAUAGCACUCUCGAUCACAUGAGAAAUAUUCUGAGCAAAAAGGAAGAAGGUCUUCACGAAAAAGAAGAGGAAGCCACAUCGUAUAUUGAAGGUUUAAAUAAGAUCAUUAACGAUCUAAGAAAUACCAUCACCAACAAGGAGACAGAAUAUAAGAGACUUGCAGAGGAACAUAAAAAGGAAGUUGACUCUCUUAAUGACAUUAUCUCACAGCUCAGAUCAGAAAUAAUGACUCUAAAAGAAAAAGAUCUCCAACGGGAAGACACCAUUAAUAAGUUGAAUAUGGAAAUUUCCAAGCUCAACACUGAGAAAGAGAGUAUGGCUACAAAAGAAGAAAGCAAGAUCAAAAAGGAGGAAAACUCAUUGAAAGAAAAGCUCGAAGAAGUAUCAAGAAAUGUCACAAGAUUGAAGUCCUUGUUAGACAAAGAACGUGAAGAAAAGGUAAAGCUCAGUAACGAGAAGAGUAAACUCGAAAACGACGUUAAGAAGGCAAUGUCGCUGCUCACAAGUAGCAACAACAAUCAUGCUCAUGAGGUAACUCUUCAUUCAACAGUCAACAAUAAGAUUCAAGCAUAUGACGACAAAAUCAAAGAAUUAUCAAUGACUCUCGCAAAGGUGCAGAAGUUGUACCAAGAAAAGGUUACAAAACUCGUUAAAGAUAAGCGCAAUAUGCAAUCAGAACUCAACAAGCAACCCGUAACAACAACAAAUGGCACUACAACAAAACCCAACAUUGCCACUCCUGAAGUACCUUCCGUGCAUAUUUUCAACCCUAUUGGAACUCCAAUUUCUAAAAACACUUCAUCAACCCAUGAUGUUCCAGAGACCCCUCCAAAACAAAUCUCCACUCCUGUCACUCCAAAUGUAAACACUCCAUCCACACCUAAUUCUACCGCAACGACUUCAACACCUCCUGUUGCUCUCUCUCCAGCCAUCCAAUUCCUUCUCAGAAUGAAACAAGAAGGUUUCAAAAUUGAGGAAAAGCCUUACUAUUCUGAGCUCAUGGAAACCAUGAAAGGCAAGUCAGUAAUGGCUUUAUUCAGAAGAGCUCAACAAGCUAUUCCUGGCGAUUUAGAUCCAAAAGAUUUGUAUUACUACACUGAGAAGGCUAUUGGCAAAUGGAUAUCAAAUAUUUGUAAAGAAGAAUACGAUACCACUUGGACAUUAUAUGAUAAUUUGAAGGAUGGUGUGUUGUUUUGUAAAAUAGUGAACAACUACAUCUUCCCAGAAUAUUCCAGCCCAUCGAACAACAACACUCCAGUUUGUGUUUUCAAGUUACCAGUGAAUAAGCAAAUUGAAUCUGAAAAUGUAGCACAAUAUAUGAAGUUUUGUACCGUGCUGAACGUUAAACCAUUAUUCACGUAUGAGCAACUUGCCAAGACCUCCACCAGCUCUUCAGAGAAGCAAUUAAUUUUACAAAACUUGUGCAUGUUGUUUGAAUUGAGUAUGGUGUGUCAACAAAACAAGAAGAGAAAAUUCGAAUUUAUUGAAAUUUUGAAAAAGAACCUCUCGUCACGUACGAGUGUUGAUAGAGUUUCCAGUACGACCACAGCUUCAAACACUUCUUCAACCACAAGCACUCCACCUCCAUCCAACAAUGGCACUCAUGAUCAAGAAACUGCCGAGCACAACAAGAAAACAAGUCGAUUCAGUUUAAGCCCGGGAGGUUUGACCGGAAUCAAAGAUACCAUCAAAGAUUCCUUCUUCAAGAACCUUACUCAUCUUAAGGCAGGAAAAGAAACCACCAAGCCACUCAUUGAAGAAGAAAAACCUGCAGAUGAAUACUUUGACUGA